GCCAAAUAAUAUAUCUCCUAGCGCGAGCGCUUGCUUGAAUUUACUUUUUACUCAAGUGCGUACCGGUGUUCUGUGGUCUGAGUAUUUUCGUACGAAUAAUAUUCUUUGACGGGAUCACAGUUACUUGAAAAUAGUUGAUGUAUAUGUUACAUAUUGCAACAUUAGUACUGACAAUCUAUUGUGAAUAUACUGAACGAAAAUCUUUGAUCCUGUGGAGAUUUAAGGUCAGGCUAUACCACCACAGGGUUUUGGCUUUUAUAAUUAAUCACCAAAGACGCAUUUCCCGAACAAGCGCUUGCCACAAUGCGUUCGACAAGAAACAGUUAAAAGAAAAUACAAGAACUACGGUAAACGGAUUAACAUACUAUCUUCAUCUCUGUUAGUUAAACGCCAAAAUAUGGAUACUAAAAUGCUAACGAAGCCAUAUGAGCGUUGCUGCUUCCGUAAAUACGCAAAUAAGUUUGAGAAUAAUUUUAGUAGACACAGUACGUUAGCCGCAAAUGAAUGAUAAAUCCAGUAAGUAAUCGAAGACUUGCCAAUCAGAAUCUGCUAUCAUUUGGAACUUUAUGAAUGAUUAUUUAUUGAAUUAUGGUACAUUAUCAACAAAUAGUUGCUACUUGGUUCAUACCUAGUCCCCCGGUAUUCUCUAAAGAUUGAUUGGGUUAGUAUUGCUCUGUAGCUAGUUGAGUUCAUUAAUUAGGUAUAUAGUCGAAAUUAUUUACAGUCUAUCGUCUAUUCUCUAAUAUACAAUAAGUUUUGUUGAUUACCCCGCACUAUACUUUCUUAUGGUUAGAUUUUAUUUACGUACGUAGGAUUUCUGGAUUGCUAGCCAACGAACUAACCCUUCCGGCAGUCUGCUUACUAUAACUUCUGUUACAAUAGACCGCUUUCAUGUACGAAAUACAAUAAUGUCAUCAGUGCCUUCAUCCAGUUAGUAUGAAUGUUCGACCCACUCUGUGUCAAUUUACCGUUUGGCAUAUAAUUGCAAGCCUAGCAUCCUAUUCUAUAUCCUAAUCGCUGUUUGCCCGUAGAUUUCGAAUGCUUUAUAAGGAACGUUAUCAAAUCCAUCUGUUUAAAUCUUCUGAUGAUAUGACGCGAGGUCGAUGGUGGUGGGUAAAAGAUACUACGUGGUGCUUACAGUGUUGUCAGUCAGCUACAACGUAGGACCAGGCACAUAUAUAUGCGUCGGUCCAAGUUGCCACACCUCAUUAGCACAACAAGAUGAACGCCGAAUUCAUAGAAGUAGUUACUUCAGUGAUAGUAAUAUAUAAAAGAAAGAUUGUGUAUAAGGACAUAAUACAGGAAGAAAGAAUUAGUUGGUAGAAAGUAAGGUAUGAAGUAAUUUUAAUCUCACAGUUCAAGGGGAAACAGUGUGUAAACUUACACCCAUGAGACCGAUUCUGAGCCAUACCACUCAGAGUCUCCAAGCACUAGUUACAAUAGUCACGUGGACCCCAACCAAGUAGUCUGCAUCAACAUGGCUAAGACCAGAGAUUAGUGACUUCAAUGACUAAUGCCACGUUUUGGUGUGGCCUCUAUAGCAUAAUUGUUCCGCUAUUUUAUGCUUUUCUCGGACACUUCGUUCUUCCGUUUUUAUUUUGUAAAAAAACAAUAACUCAGAUCUACACUUGUUCCAGACAACUUUUAGUCUGUGUAGAUUGUAAACUGAUUACAGUUAGUGACUACAGAUCGUAUAGAUCAAUUUCUGUUUUACCAGUUUUUACUUUUGAUAGAAACUAAUCUCGAUACUAAUUCAAUUCUGUGAAUACAUUGGCAAUCACCUAACAUAUAAUCAUUUGUACUAGAUGGAUAUACCAGAGAAAUACAAGUAUCUGUUCAAGUUUUUGAUUAUUGGAGCUUCAGGCUCUGGAAAAACAUGCAUUUUACGAAGAUAUACUGAAGGAAAAUUUAUACCCAAUAUGCCUCAUACAAUUGGAGCAGAAUUUGGCAGUAAGAUCAUAAAUGUAGAUGGGACAACUGUUAAAAUCCAGAUAUGGGAUACUGCAGGUCAGGAGCGUUUUCGAUCAGUGGCUCGUUCAUAUUACCAUGAUGCUGUUGGAGCACUGCUAGUCUAUGAUAUUACUAGUAGAGAUUCGUUUAAUGAACUAGCCUCUUGGUUGUCCGAUGCACGAACUCUUGCUUCGCCUGAUAUCAUGAUUGUACUAGUUGGAAAUAAAAAAGAUUUACAGGAUAGUGAUGGACAUGUAACUAAUUGGGAGGCUAGUGCAUUUGCUCAAGAUAAUGAUCUUCAUUUCUUAGAGACAUCAGCACUUACUGGUGAAAAUGUCGAAGAAGCUUUUAUUCAAUGUGUUCGUAAACUUGUUUUUAAAAUUAGAAAUGGUGAAUUAGAUCCAGAUCGUUUAAAAUGUAAUCGACACUCAUCUAGUUUAACAUUUAUGGAACAUUCAAAAUUUAAUUCUAUCCCAAAAGUUCAUGUACAAAAUAAUGAUUCAACACUUUCAUAUGAAUGUAAUUGUUGAUAAGAUUUUAAAUUUUUUUUAUCUUAUGACAUUAUUACUACUUAGUAGACAUUCAUCAUUUGUUCUUUUAUACAUAUAUAUGUAUCAAGAAAUAGAAUCUUUAAUUUCUAACUAACUUCAUGUAUGUUUCUCGUUUAUUUUGUUCUCUAUUUCCAAUAAUUGUGUAUUCCAUCCAAAAUCUAUCAGAUUAAUUUUACCUAUUAUAUUUCCAUAAUACAACUUGCAUUUCAAUGAUUGAUUUAAUGUAUAUUCCAUAGAUCUUCUGUUGAAAGAAUUCAAUCUUUUAAAUGACAAGUUUUAAUCUGUUCUUUAUGUCAUUUUGUUGAAACAUUUUGAUUGAAUAUUAUUUAUUUUCAUAUAAAAGUUUUUAUGGCUUAAAGUCUAUAAUUUAUACAUUCAGUAUGCAUAAUUUAAUGAGUUUAAUUGUAUUAUGAUUCUUUUCGCUUCGGUUUCUCAGGUUUUCUUUUCUAUCUUCGAGAAGCUUAGUAGUUGUACUCUUUGUCUUAUUCCUUUGAAUAAAUUAACAAUCAGUGACUAUAUACGCCUUGUUUUUGUUGGAUGGUAUUUAGCAAACCUAAUCAAUAAUGAGAUGACUUGAUAGUUUUAGCUAUGUAGUGUAGGUGCAAUUUCACCUGUAUUUGGAAAGUUGUUCAGGAAAUGACUUAAUAAAAUACUUUUAAUUAUGUAUUUAUUGUUAGUAAUUCGUGUGAUUUUAUUAUUAUUUUUACGAAAUCAAUCAAGAUGUAACAUUUCUCCUCUUUUGUACUUACUUACGCCUGUUACUCCUAAUGGAGCAUAGGCCGACGACCAGCAUUCUCCAACACACUCUGUCCUGGGCCUUCUUUUCUAAUUCCAUCCCAUUCUUGUUCAUUUUCCUCAUGUCUAUCUCCAUUUCCCGGAGUGAUAUGUUCUUUGGUCUUGAGGAUUCCAUGUAAGGGCUUGUCUUGUGACGCAGUUGGGUGCAUUCCUCAAUGUUUGUUCUAUCUACUUCCAGCUCUUCUGGUUUAUUCUUCCGCUGGGAUCUGGUUUGUUCUUUCCCACAGUUGGUUGUUACUAAUAGUGUCCGGCCAACGGAUCCGAAGUAUUUUUUGUAUUAUAUUCAUAUAGUUUAACUCUAUCAAUUUUAAUCCAUCACUCAUGCACAACGUCUAUUAACUUAAUCAAAACUUCUAUAUAUAUAUACUUUAUGUUAUCACUUUUAGAUUUGUAACUGUAGUGCUUAAAAGUUGUUUAGAAAAACAAUUGUUCUCUAAAUAUUUCAUAGUGAUUUUUAAAUUACUUAUUUCCACAGUACUCAAAAUCGUUUGCAAUGUCGCAGUUGCAUCCACUCUUUGUGUUCUCUCAAAUUCUAAACUUCGAAAUUUUUCAUGUCCUUUAUUUUCUUUCCCAAUUUAUCUCACUGGAUUAUACUCCUUGAAUAACAUCUUCAAACACUUAUUUUUCUAAUUACUGCUUAUAAUUUUACUACCUCUACCACUAUGGGGUUUGAAUCGACCACUGCAUCUCUGUGCUAAUGUGUGGCAACUCGAACUGAUGUAUGUACGUACGAAGUUCUACGUUGUUACUGACUGACUGACAGUACUUAGAUGAUCUAAUAACGAACAAGUUUCUAAUGGAACUUCGAAUUAAGGUAUAAAAAAAAUGAAUUACUCGAGUAAUUGUUGAGCAAAAUAAUUGUAUUUAAUGAUUGUAUUGAGGUGGUGAGAGAUAUUCCCCAUCAGCUUAUGGAGCCACCAUACAAUGUUACAUCUUCGUUAGAAUACUUAAUUUAAACAACUACACGAUCCCAAUUAUCUGCAUUGCUAGUUAGUAAUGGCAGAUAAAUUUUCACGAUGUUGUUUAAUGAUUGAUUCAUCUUUAUGUGCUUUCCAUGCAUUGAAUGCCUUCAACGAAAAGAAUGAAGAUAAUGUACAGAUCAUUUGUGCAUGAGAUAAACAACAGUAUGUUUAUAAAAUUCAGUUAUCACUUUAUUGAAAUUAAUAUUCAUUAAUUCAUUUAAAAGAGACAAAACGUUUGUGAAUUGACUGUCUUUAGUGUUUGUUUGUUUUUAUGUCGGAGUGAAUAUAAACUCUGGGAUGUAGGAGGUACAUCCAGCUGAUAAGUUACAAAUAAAGCAAAAUGCGCGUCCUGGAUUCCAUUGCCAGCCGCCGUCCAUGUCUGCUAAAAACAUAUACAGUUUGAUUUUCAUAGUGACUUCAAUAUAGUUGAUAAAGUGGUGCAUUUUUUUCUACUAAUUUUAGGAUAGGUGAUUUGUGGGGGUUCAUUCUCAAUCAUUUUUAUCUAAUAGAAAACUACUGAAAACAUAAAAUACUGAAUAGUUGUUCCAUCUCAGUUUGAGGCUAUUUAUUGAUGAAGACCGACUGAACUUAAGACCUUCAUGUAUUGUAGUGAGUAUAGUGUCAGUAGGUCGCUGAGUUGGCGUCUAAUGAUAUAUAUUUCCAAAUUUAGUUAAUUAGCUAUAUUGUACAACUGUUUUUCAUUGGAUUCAGUUGGUAGCCGUUUUAACUUUGACAUGAUAGGAUUCAUUCGGUUACAAUUUCUUAUUGGAACUCAGGAAAUCCUUUGCAAAUUCAAUCACUGUAGGUGAUCGACUGAUUGUUUUUGUUAGGCUGUCAAGUUUCAAGGGAUGAUGAUAGCUAAAAUAACAGAGAAACAUUUUCUAGACGAUUAAUGGAGAUCAGAGAAAAUUGGAAAAAUGUUUCAUUACAGUU